AUGCAAAUCACUGCAUUGAAUACAUUUCCUACCCCCACCUCGCAUCCCAUGAAGCACCGUCCGAUCCGAAUCAAGAGCUGUCUCUCGCUUCUCGCUGCGUUUUACGCCGGCUUCUAUGUUGGGAACCAGUAUGCUUUGAGCCAGUCACCCCGAUAUCUCAUGUCAACGUCAUUGCCGUAUGACAUGAUUCAUCACCUCCCGUUUGCUCUAAAUACGACAAACGAAGACGACGAUGGUAUGGAAACACUGGAAUCAUCUUCGACAAAGCUGUACACGGAGCAAGAGGUCCAAGCGAUGAUUAAGAGGAGGCUCGAGUUGUUUUCGAAGCUUCGAAACAAGGGAGAAACACGAUCAAGUAUCGCGACAGAGCAAUCAGAACAGUCAACCAGCACGAGAAACCUCCCAUUGACCAAAGAGGCACAUUCGUCGUCGUGGAAGGAUCAAUCUUCCUUGUUUCCCCGCGAGACAAAAUCUUUUGUGUCCGCAAUGAGCCUGGUAGAUCGCGAUGAAUUUGCACGGCUCUUUGAUGCGGGAGUUCCUCUGGAUUAUUCUAGCAAGACAAACUCUAAAGUGCUAUUGUUGCAUGGCAAGCAGGCCUGGCCACCACAAAGAAAUGCUUCGAGUAUGAUUCCCGUCAUUGAAAACGUCCAAGAUGCCGUGAAAAACUGCAACUACGUGAACGUUGUAUUGACCCAACCCAAUCGAAAAAACCAGUGCAUUGCCAUUAUGGGCCAAUACAACUCCUAUCACAUCCACAGAUUCAUGCGAGGGGGCGAACCAAAAACCACAGCUCAGCAGCGUCGAGGAGUUGUUGCUCCGAUUGAUCCAACAGCCCCGCUCGAGUUAGUGCGGCGAGGAGCAGAUCCGGUCUUUUCUUUUACCACGAAAACGCCCACGGUUCAUGAAACUCGACGGUAUUGGAAUCAAACGUUGCAGCAAUACUUGACAAAUCUUGACGUGUACUUGAAAGAGCUGGAGCCACUUGUCAAGAAGGCCGCGUUGUGCAAGGCAGUGAUUGUCAUGACAUGCAACCUUGGACAGGCCCCACUGCUGGCCAACUUGGUGUGCAGUGCCAGGGCUCGUGGUUUGGAUCUUUCUGGUGUUAUUGUCUUUGCAACAGACGCAGAGACGGCAAGUUAUGCUGAGGGUUUGGGGUUGGCUGCUUACUACAAUGAGAAGCUUUUCAAACACGUUCCUCGACAACAUGCUAGUUCGUUCGGGGACAGUGUAUAUGCUGAUACAAUCAUCUCCAAGGUCUUUUGUGUUCAGCUUGUCAGCAUGCUGGGUUAUGAUGUCUUGUUCGCUGAUGUUGACAUGGUGUGGUAUCAUGACCCGCUUCAAAACUUCCAGAACAUGACGUUCAAACACGACAUCUACUUGUCGCACGAUGGAUCUCGUGCAGAGUUCUAUGCUCCGUAUUCUGGGAACACUGGCUUCUACUACGUGAGAAACAACGCGAGGUCACAAUACUUUAUCAAUCACCUGUUGGUGUCAGGGGAUCUGAUUGCUUCUACAAAAACGCAUCAGGCUCCUUUCCUUUCUCUUAUGAGCGAUCAUGCAUCCCUGCACGGCCUUCGUGUCAAAAUCCUUCCGUCUGAUUCCUAUCCUGGUGGUAUGCAUUUUCAUUAUCACCCAUCGUUCAUGAAUGCUCUUCUCAACCCGCAAGCAAAACGGAGCCGAACGAUUGAUCCCGUCAUCUUCCACAUGAGUUGGAGCGACAACAAAGAAAGAAAAGUCGAGUUCUUUCAGCAAAUGGGAGAGUGGUAUGUCAAGGACAAAUGCUUCAAAGACGGAACGCAGGUUGGACAAGACGCUGAUGCCAAGGUGGAUGGUGACAAGCUAGCUUCCAUGUGUUGCUCUGCGGAACCGAUCAUAGCUUGCCACUACAGUGACCGGCCAAGCAAAGUACCGUGUCCUAACAGCCCCAAGUUUGGGGAGGGGUCAACCUCUUGGUGA